UUUCUGACAUACAGGAUCUGGUGGAACACUGUUUAUUCGGUAAGGUCAGGGAUUUUUUGGGCUUUAUUAGUUUGCAGAUACACGCCUAACCACCCUGAUAGCAAAAUACACUCCGGUGAGUUCCUGCUAGCUAGAUCCUCACCUGCUGGAGACUAACCCCUCGUCCCGACUCCGUCUGCUGUACCAACUCGGUUAUUAUUAACGUUAUUACAACCAUUUUUGUUGAUAUAACAGCAAACGCAGGCUACUAUGUAAACGCAAACUGUACACUGUAAAAGCAAACAUGGUAUUUAAUUGAAAAUAGUAAAUUGACCUUAAUCAGUUUUUAUCAACCUGCUAUUAACACUCACUUUUAGUAAGUUACUAGUACUUUGAGGUUGAAAAAUCUUACCAGCUCAGUCUACUUGAGCUGGAUUAAUUUAGAAAAAGUAAGUUUAUGACACUGUGGGCAUGCGCAGAUCAAUCAAUCAUCCCCAACCAAUCAAGCUGCUUCUUAAGGCGGGUCUUGGCGUGGCGGGAUUCGAAAUUUUGCAAACGAUACGUCACAUCUUGCCCGCAACUGACCGACCAGAUGAAGCUGGAUAUCAUUGAGCUGGACCUAAACAUCGCUUCAACGGCACUUGUGAUUUAUCGUCAGCAUAACAGCGAUUCUUGUGCUUGGCACACUCAUUUGGCACAAGCAGAUGGUGAUCAAUCCACACAUUCCAUAAUCCCAGCAAUAAAAGAUACUGUGGGUUCGAUUUAUAGUCCAUCAUACCCAGGACUACAGUUCCCUUGAUGUCUAAGCACAUAAAUUUUCAAACAGUUAUCAAAAUGGACCAGAGGUUGUUACUGAGAGUCAUCAUCGCUGAAGAUGAUAUUAGGAAGUUGACUUUAAAUAAGAGACCACAGUCCAUUGAAGAAUUCAAAGUGCAACUGGUGGAUAAACUGUCACUGCAGUAUGACUUUAAACUGCAGUAUGAAGAUCAAGACUUCAAUAAUGCCCUCUGCAAUUUGACUGAAAUAACUGAUUUACCUGAAAGAGCUACAGUCAAAAUCAUCCCUCUUGUGACUCUCCAUUUAACAGCAUUGUCAUCACCCACCACAACAUCAGACACUGAGGGCAGCACAGCAGACACUGAGAUCCUUUCGCCUGUAGGAGCAUCACCAUCGCUAAGACAACAGUGGCCAGAGUUCUUUGACAUACCCAAUUUCUCAGUAGAUAUUGAGUAUAGGCUCAGACAGGCAGAUCUUGCCUAUAUGAAAGAUGAAACACAUAUGACUCUACCACGAGAUAUGAAGCAUGACAUACUAGAAAAGCUUGCUGAGACGAUGUACAGUUUCAAGGCUUACCCUGACGAUGAUGACUUCAGCAGUGUUGCAAAAGCACUGAUUAGCAAACACCCCUGCCUCACUGAGCCUGGACCACACAGAUGGUAUGGCUGGAAAAAUAGCCUUAAAUUUAAGAUGGCCAAUUAUCGCACAAAGCUUCGAAAAGCUGGAUGUGAGGAUGUAGCAAUCAAUGGAGGCAAAAGAAGUAAAGGCAACCCAGAGGGAGAAUCCUCAAGCAAGAAUAUCAAGCGGCCAAGAAGAGGUGAAGCAAACUACCUGCCUAACUUACCUGAAGGACAUGAUGAAACAAGUCUAGAAAAUGCCAGAAUGGUUCUAGUGGAAGAAAUGAAGAAAAAACAACCAAAUGGCACUCUCAUUUCACAAAUGAUGGACCAAUCAUUCCCACUACGCAGACAAGAAAUUGUAAAAAAGGUGCCUGCUGUACAGAACAUGGUUGAACGAUGGCCAGCACUCUUCAUAGAGAGACAGGUGUUUGCUGAGUUUAAUAGAAUCGCCAGUAAGAAUCUUGAGGGAGACUUCUUUGAGGCUCUGGACCAGUAUGCCCCACGUUACAUUGAACUUUUCAAAACAAAAAAGGGAACUAUUGGCCAGAAACUCAGGGAGCUGAUGCAGCACAUGAGCUGGAUGACACCAGACGUCACAGUACUUCGCUCUGUUGUCCUCAAAGGCAUUCCCAUUUUACUCGGUGAUGACUCCAGUGAAUUCUACAAGACCUGCUCUGAUGCAGAGAGAGACGAGGCCCUAGAAUGCAUCACUGUUGGUGUGCUGACAGUUGUCAGUGAAGAUGGUCCUCACGAGGGUCAAAGCUCAGUGGACCUCCAGCCCAUCUCCACUGCCAUCAUUCUGGAGGGAGGUAUUGUCAUGGAACAUAUUAAAAACUUGCCUCAGGCAGUUUGUCUUUUGUUUGGUCUUACAUAUGCAUUGCAUUUGGAUUACCCAAAAUGCAUGGCAAAUACACUCAACUUCAUUCAGACUGUGAUGCUUGGACUGGGAAAGAAAAACCUCCCACCAAAACUGUUAACUCUGAAGAAUAGUCUUCUGGGUUAGAACAGUAAAGAGCCGUCGACUGUCAGAUAGCACUUUGUAAGCUUUGCAGCCAUUAAUGUUCUCUUAUCAGAGAAAUUUGAUGCUUUCAUGGAACUGUUCUUGCUUUAUUUACGUUCUCAAUGAAAAAAAAAAAAGAAUAUUCCAUUAAAGUCUACCAUGUUAUGCAGGUAUGCUAAUGGUGGAAAUAGUGCCACGUUGUGUUGCAAUGAGUUGUUUAGUUGUUAUUAGAUAUUAAUGUCAGAAAAUAACCUAGCAAGGUUAUCCUGUUUACAUUUGUGUUUUGGGAAAACUUUUAAUGAUGUUUUUAUUUGUGUUGGUUUAAUCCUUGGACUGCUCACUUUGGGACACAAAAGUAUUUGUUGUACUUUCGGUUUUGAUCAGAAAUGCACUGAUUUUGCAUGCACUGAAGUCGUCCUGUAGUUAGCUGUUUAAUAUUGGGAGACUGUUACAUGCAUACAAUUAGCUCAC